GAUAUUAUGACAAGUUAAUGACAACGCCACACAAAUAUUGAUCGUCGUCAACUGCACAACAGCUAAGCUCGCCGUUGAUUCAAAAUAAUUUUCUUCGACGUCAGUUUUUACUUUAUUGCCGCGGCCAAAAUCUAGUAACGCAAAUAAUACAGAUGCAUUAUCUCGUUGGGCAUGAUCGAUCUCUAAUGAUUCUCUUGCUGGUGGCGUUUAUUUUACGAACCUGUUCGCCGGCCGACGAUGACAGCGCGACGUCGCCGGCCGCAGCCGACAAGCCACCGGCCGAAGCGCCGGGGGCGGGAACGGACGGUGCAUCAGAGGGCGGCAUCGGUUCCGCGAUCAGCAAGUACAAGAGCGAUAUGAAGGACUUCGGUUCGGAGGUGGUCACGGCCACCGGGGAAUUGAUGAAAGCGAUCAGCUGUGCGACCGUGGCCACAUCCAGGUUUCUAGUGGCCGUAUGGAACGGCGUUAGCCAGACGACCGCGAAGACCGGCGAGACGGUGGCCACUGGUUACCAGAUGGCCAACCGGUUGACCAGCAAAUUGCCGAUGAUCGGCACCAUCACCACGGGUGGCGAGCACCUGUUGCUCGCCACCACGUCCACGUUCAGUGAGAACGCGGCGUCCAACAGUGAGCGGCGCAAGAAGAUGGUCAACGAUCUGUACUCGAAGGUGGACAGUUUCCGUCCGAGCUCCGCUUCGGCCACGGCAGCCGAAGCUCCGUCCACCGCACCUGCCGCCGACGCCAAACCGGACGCCGACGCCCCACCGGACGCCAACGCCCCACCGGCGCGUUGACGUCUGAAAAACCCGAACGUUUUCCAACACUGAUACGCUAACCUCUUCAGCCCACCGACAAACCGUUAACAGAGCCUGCGAGAGCUUGGGCGCAAAAAAUUACCAUUUUCCGCAAAGUUUUUCUUACACGUUAUUAUUCUACUGCACACUAAAUGUCACGAAGCCAUGUGAAAAAUUAAAAAAUAAAAAUUAUCCCACCACCGUAACCAGAAACCAAAUAUUACUGUUCAAACCGUGUACCUAUACAUUUCCCGUUUCAUUUUUGUCUGUUGAUUUAAGUCAUUAUUAUCGUCUGCUGAAUAUUAAGUAUAUUCUCAACCCGACAAAAAAAUAAUUUUAUAAUAAACUAUACUGUUUUUUAUUUUA